AGAUGAGGCUGAAGAAUGAGAUCCAUGGCUUGAUGCAUAGUUACCUUUGAUCCUGCCUGGCAAGUAAGCAAAGGGGAGGAGAAAAAACAGAAGAAAAGAAAAAGGAAAACACUGACACACUGACUCAGCACCUUUCACACUCCUGUCGUCCUGCAGUAAGUCACUCCAUGAGCACUAUGGAUGCAAAAGCCAUCUCUGGAGGUGAGGAAGAAGCCUCAGGAAUGAGGAGCAAGACUCUGGAUGAGAGCGGCCGCUUGGGAGAGAUCAACAGGAAACAAGCUAUCCAUAUUGCCUACCUGAUUGCAACUCUGGAUCUGACCUUCCUCUUCAUGCAGUUUGGAGUCAUGCCUUACUUGGCAAAGAGCCUAGGUUUGGAUUCAGUGGGGUUUGGCUACCUUCAGACAACCUUUGGUGUCUUCCAGCUUGUGGGAGGUCCGAUUUUCGGAAGGUUUGCAGACCAAUUCGGCGCCCGAGCAGCCUUAAUUCUCUCCUGUGCAUCUGGAAGUGCCUUCUUUUUGCUCAUGUCCAUCUCCACCAGCAUCCCCCUCCUUUUCCUCUCCAGGCUGCCAUCAGUGUUCAUGCAUGGGCUACCAGGUGCUCAGAAGGUUAUUACUGACCUGACUACACCUUCCCAACGUGCUGAUGCUUUGGGGAAGCUGGGUCUUUGCUUUGGAAUAGGCAUCAUCAUUGGCUCUGCUCUGGGAGGUGUUCUUUCCACCAAAUUUGGCAUUUUUGUUCCUGCAUAUGUUGGGCUGGUAGGAAAUCUCAUAAAUACCAUGAUAGCAAUGUUUUGGAUCCCUUUGCCAGCUAAAUCAAAGUCAGACCAUCGUGCGACAGAGCAUGGCACAUCGCAGUCUGGCAGUGUGUUUAGCAUCAGACAAAUCCUACAUUUGAUGAAGUUUCCAGGAGUCAUGGAAGUUUUCAUAAUCAAGGUCUUUGCUGGACUUCCCAUUGGUUUGUUCCUGAUUAUGUUUUCCAUCAUCUCUAUGGAUUUCUUUGGCUUGGAAGCAGUGGAGUCUGGAUAUCUAAUGUCAUAUUUUGGUGUCCUUCAAAUGGUUGUCCAGGGUCUUCUUGUUGGAAAACUCACUAACUACUGCACAGAGAGGACUCUGCUCAGGCUCAGUGUCUUCAUCUUUGCUGGCGUGGGCCUGGGCAUGGCUCUGAUGAGGACUGUGUGGCACUACUGCAUCAUUGCGGUGCCGCUGGUAUUUGCCUUCAGCAUGCUGGCCACCAUCACCGACAGCAUCCUCACCAAGUCUGUCCCUGCCUCCGACACUGGUACCAUGCUUGGGAUUUGUGCCUCAGUGCAGCCUUUGACCCGGACGGUGGGCCCCACCAUUGGCGGAGUUUUGUACAAACAAUUUGGAGUCUCUUCCUUUGGCUAUUUACAGCUAAUUGUCAAUAUAGGUUUGUUUGUUUACCUCAUAAAGAGUAAAAUCCCACUGACAGAGAUGAAAAGCCAAUAAUUCAGCUGCAAGAAAGUAACCCACUUUUCCCAUAGAAAUAAAGAUGUUGUUGAGUUUUAUUUUUGAUUCCAUAAACCUGGAAUAAAACCAUCUGAACGAUA